AUUUUUCUUAAGGUUUCAUCCUUAGGGAAAUGGUGAAAGCUUAUGGCUGAAUUGAACUUCCCUGACAUCGCGCAUUGAGGUACGAAAAUCACUGUUUGGAUGAUCCCGCUUCUGGUAUUUGUGUCUUGAAAAAGACUAUUUAUUUAUUUAUUUAUCUACGAACUAAUCAAAUAAAACGAGCUCAAAGAACGUGCUUCGCGUUACUACUGUUAUGACACCCACGUUCUGCGGAAAGGCGGAAGUGCGCUGACCCGUUUUCCGGUUUGGUCACGUGACGUUCCGCAUAACCCCUAUACACAACAUAUAGGGAACACUUGGGCUCUCUGGAUGUCAGGAAACCCUUUCAUCACCAUAUGAGAAGAACAGCUGUGUGGGCGAUGACGAACAUUCUGCGCGACAAAACACAUGGGCCACUCUGGCUUACGUCAUACACGUAACAAUCAUGGUUGCUCUCGGAUUUUGUGGAGCGUGGUUUCUUUUUAUCUGCGACAAGAAGCUCGUAGCAAUUCACACCAAAGAGACCAGAGAACCAUUUGUGUUUGACUGCAGCACUGCUGAGAAGAAGCCAAAGGAUACAAAGGACGAUAACAGUGAUGGCGGUGCCUCACAGGAAGCAGGAACUGACAAAAUCCUUGGCUUUACCGUGUCUCCCUCUGGAAAGCUGGCGGCACUGACUGAUGACACCAAGAGACUGGUUCUGUUUCACUGUGAGCCUUCAUGGCAGUGCAUCAGCAUCAGGUGGGUAGUGAGGAGGUGCACAUCCCUAGUGUUCACUCAGGCCGAGGACCAGCUGCUGGUGGCUGACAAAUCAGGAGAUGUGUAUUCCUUCUCAGUGGUGGAGCCACAGAGGGAGGGCGAGCAGAAGAUGGGCCACCUGUCCCUGUUGCUAGCGAUAACCAUGUCGCUGGAUGACAAGUACAUCAUCACAGCUGACCGUGAUGAGAAGAUCAGAGUGAGCCACCUUAGGUGUCCGUACAACAUCCAGUCCUUCUGUCUGGGACAUCAACAGUUCGUCAGUGCCUUGCUGGUCCCAUCAGGCCAUCCACACUGUCUGCUGUCUGGGUCAGGGGACGGGACUGUGAAACUGUGGGAGUACGAGUCCGGCCGCAGGCUGCAGAGCUGGGACCUAAGAGAGCUUGAAGAGAUGCCUAGCUCCGAGGCUGACAAAGAGAAGAAGCCAACUGUGUGCCGUAUCGCCAGCUCCCCUGACUCUCACCUCAUAGCUGUGCAGUGUGAAAGAUUGUCAGCAGUUCAGUUUUUCACUCUGGAGCGGGAGGGUGAAGAGAAGCUCAAGCCACACAGCAGGCUCUCCCUGCCCCACUGCCCCCUGGACGUGACCUUUGACCAAGAAGGCCGACUCUGGGUGCUGAUGGACUCCAGCGAUGCACCGCUCCAAAUCUACACACACAGACAAGACUCUUGGGAGUAUGAUGCUGAUUGCCCCAAACUCAACACGGUGGUUGAAGCCUUCAAGCCACACUGGGAGACACUGGAAGCCUCCACAAGGACCGGCACUAGCUUUGAGCACCUGUACAAGGUGAGCUUUGACAACGUGACAACCUACCUACAGAAGAAGCAGCAGAGACUGGACGAGCAGCGGCUGAAGAGGACGAUGGCACAGAAAGUGAACAGCAAUAAGAAGGCCAAGAAGGAGACUGGAAGUCAGUUGUCUACCUGAACUUUAAAAUGAGCACUGUUACUUCCUUUUCUUUAGUUUUGAAUGAUGAAUCUGAGUUGAAUGUGUGCAUUGCUGAGGCAGGUGUCUGUUCACUUUGCCUGUGUAGAGGGAUUUUUAUGUUUGACUUAAAAAUAAACAAUGCCAUGAACAUUAACUUCUGUUU